AUGACCAAGUGCCCCAUCAUCUACCCCCAGGGACUCGGAGAUCCUGCAGCAGAAGCAGAAACAGGCAACCGAGAAGAAGGAGGAACCCAGCGCCUGAUUAAUCUCUCUGAGCUGACCCCAUACAUCUUGUGUUCCAUUUGCAAAGGUUACUUGAUAGAUGCCACUACAAUUACAGAAUGUCUUCACACCUUUUGUAAAAGCUGCAUUGUCAGACAUUUUUACUAUAGUAACAGAUGUCCAAAGUGCAACAUAGUGGUCCAUCAGACACAACCUCUUUAUAAUAUAAGAGGCUUUUUGCCUUUGGGCGCAUGGAUUCACAGCGGGGUGGAGGGCACAGAGACAAAGACACUGAAAAGGUUGGACCGACAAUUACAAGACAUAGUGUACAAAUUAGUGAUCAAUCUAGAGGAAAGAGAAAAAAAUCAGAUGCAUGAUUUCUAUAAAGAAAGAGGCCUAGAAGUACCUAAACCUGCUGUUCCACAGCCAGUGCCUUCAAGCAAAGGAAGAUCAAAGAAAGCCCUAGAAUCAGUGUUUCGUAUUCCACCUGAACUUGAUAUGUCUUUAUUACUGGAAUUCAUUGGUGCUAAUGAAGGCACGGGACAUUUUAAGCCGUUGGAAAAGAAGUUCGUUCGUGUUUCAGGAGAAGCAACUAUUGGACACGUAGAAAAAUUCCUCAGAAGAAAAAUGGGUCUUGAUCCAGCUUGUCAGGUAGAUAUUAUCUGUGGUGAUCACUUGCUGGAGCCGUAUCAAACUCUAAGGGAAAUCCGACGUGCAAUAGGUGAUGCAGCAAUGCAGGAUGGUCUCCUUGUCCUACAUUAUGGGCUUGUGAUUUCUCCUCUGAAAAUAACUUGAAGAUUUUAGGCAUAUUAAGAGGAGGGACGCGACGAAGGAAGCUACUGCAGGACUGCGUCUGGCCAAAGAUUCCCACAAAACAUGCCACUGUUACCACUCAUGCUGUGCGAGAUGCAGCCAAUCUGUUCUCAGCACCAACA